AUGACUGUGACACUCUCUUGUACCUCAAAUCAUUCAUACAACUGGUUCAUUUUAACUAAGGAUGAUCAGAAGUUCUUGCGCAGUCAGUGUUCACAAGAUAAAGACACUAGGUUAUUUCUUGCCAAGUUCCAAGUGAAACCAUUGGCCGUCAGCCAAAGGUGGAUGUUCAGAUGCUAUGGCUAUUACACAAGUAAUCCUCAGGUGUGGUCAGAAGGAAGUGAUGUAUUGGAACUUCUGAUCUCAGGAAAACUUAAGAAACCCACUUUGAGGGCUGAGCCAGGAGCUGUGAUUGCCUUAGGGAAUAGUGUGACCAUCUCGUGUGAGGGGACCAAGGGAAUGCAAUCAAUGUAUUUCCUCUAUAAAGAAGGAAGCCCAGCACCCUGGGACAGUCAAACUCCAAAAGAUCCUAGUAACAAGGCCAUGUUCUCAAUAGCAUCUAUGGAACAGCAUCAUGCAGGAAAAUAUCGCUGUUACACUUACAACUCUGCAGGUUGGUCAGAACGCAGUGACAUGCUGGAGCUGGUGGUGACAGGUGUUCACCAUGUUAAACCUACUCUGUCAGCUUUGCCCAGCCCUGUGGUGACUCCAGGUGGUAACGUGACCAUUAAGUGUGUCUCAUCUAAUGGAUAUGAUAGGUUUAUUUUGACUGGGGCAGAUCAAAAUUUCACCAAGUCCCAAAAGGCACAGUUUAUACACACUGGACAGUCCCUAGCUCUGUUUCCUGAUAUCACUGUGGCAUCCAGCAAGAGUGGUCCCUUCAGAUGUUAUGGACAUUAUACAAAUUCCCCCCAUGUGUGGUCAGAGGCCAGUGACCCUUUGGAGAUACAUGUCUCAGUCCCACAGCCUCAAGAUCACACAGUGGAGAACAUCAUUCGGAUGGGCGUUUCUGGUUUGAUUCUCACAGUUCUUGGGAUUGUGCUGUUUGGGACUUGCCCCAGCCAGAGAAGACCUUGAUUGCACCCUAGAAGUGAGGACGAGAG